AAUCUGUUUUUCAGUGGGAUUCCCACGGAGUCAGAAUGUUUUGAGGUUUGGGCUGGUCUCUCUGUCCUUGGGAGUCGGUGGAGCUGUUUUGGUUCCAGCUGCUUGUCUGUUUUUCUUUGGUGGAGCAGGUGUUGAAUUUGAAGGUGGGUUUCGGCUCAGAUCCACGCCGAUUUGUCCAGGUGAGGGGUUCUCCCUGUCAGUCGCCUCAUCGGAUCUACAGUGAGACUUUUGCUUCGGCUUCGGACCCAGAGCGUUCCAGGGUGGGCUGCUUGAUGCAGGGCGUACGACCUCUCUGUUGAUUUGAGGGAAAGUUGUUUCAUUUCCACAGUUAGCGUUGAUCUCAAAGUUCCCCUCCAGCCGUUGAAACUUAAUUUCUAUAGACUGAAGUCGUAUAAUACUGCUAACGUCCCUGUGGUCGACCUGAGGCAUUUUGGAGGUAAAGAAAUAUAAGUCUGUCACUCCGACCCGGACCGACAUGCUGAGGCUGCUGCUCCUGCUGCUGUCCACCUGGACGGGCUCAGCGAUGGUCAGGGUUCCCUUGAGGCGGGUUCCCUCCAUCCGUGCUCAGCUGAGAACUCAGGGUCUGCUGGAGGAGUUCCUGAAGGACCACAGGCCGGACAUGUUCAACCGCCGCUACGCUCAGUGCUUCCCACCCGGAACACCGUCCCUCCGACUCAGACGCUCCAGUGAGAAGAUCUACAACUUUAUGGAUGCUCAGUAUUACGGUGAAAUCAGCGUGGGGACUCCGCCGCAGAACUUCUCUGUGAUUUUUGACACCGGCUCGGCCGACCUCUGGGUCCCGUCCUCGUACUGCGUCAGCCAGGCCUGUGCAUUGCACCGACGCUUCAAGGCCUUCGAAUCUAAAACCUUCCACCAUGAUGGACGGAUAUUUGGGAUCCACUACGGAUCGGGACACCUGCUGGGAGUAAUGGGUAGAGACACAGUGAAGAUUGGGGAAAUGACCAUCUUGAACCAACAGUUUGGUGAAUCCGUGUACGAACCAGAUUCUGCGUUUGUCUCGGCAAAGUUUGAUGGCGUUCUGGGAUUGGCCUACCAAUCGUUGGCAGAGAUCCAGGGAAAUCCCGUCUUUGACAACAUGCUGGCGCAGAAUAUAGUGGACCAGCCGGUAUUCUCCUUCUACCUCAGCAGGAGAACGAGGACCAGCACUCCAGAAGGAGAACUGCUGCUGGGAGGAAUAGAUGAAGCGAUGUACAACAGACCAAUCAACUGGCUGCCUGUGACCGCAAAAGGAUACUGGCAGAUUAAGAUGGAAAGCGUGACGGUGCAAGGCGUGAGCUCCUUCUGUCCCCGUGGAUGUCAUGCCAUCGUUGAUACUGGAACGUCUCUAAUUGGUGGGCCGACCACUGAGAUCCUGAGGCUGCAGCAGCUGAUUGGAGCCACGCCCACAAAUAACGGAGAGUUUCUCAUCGAUUGUGCCCGAUUGUCCAGUUUGCCUCACGUCACAUUCAUCAUGGGUGGGAAGGAAUACACACUGACAUCAGAGCAAUAUGUUAGGAAGGAGGGGUUUGGCAGCGGAGAUCUGUGUUUCAGCGGCUUCCAGUCCAUUGACAUCAUUUCCCCUGAAGGCCCGCUGUGGAUUCUGGGAGAUGUAUUUCUGACUGAGUACUACAGCAUCUUCGACAGAGGACUGGACCGAAUCGGGCUGGCCCGUGCCAAACACCCCACCGAAUGAUGAGCACUUCCUCUGGCACGAGGAGAUAAUAACUUUUUCUGUGCCUCUUCUUGAAACAGGCUGAAGUUUUAUUUUUAAGAUAAAUUUGGGCAUCUUAAAGUUUCCUAAACAACCAACAUUCACACUAAAGCUGAGAGGUUUGUUCCCCUUUCCACUGAGUCACAAUGAGGACUGCAGUCUCGUCUUUGACCACUAGAUGGCGACCAAGAAGAUGUCAGCGGCUAAUUCAGCUUCCUCUUGUCAUCUAGUGUGUAUUUAAAUUAAAAACCAUAAACCUG